UGCGAGAGGCCGUUGCGUUGCGGGCAACGGCUAAGGCAGCGAAGAGGCUGUAAGCGGCGGCGGCGGCGGCUUCCGCGUUUGCCGGGAGGGGGGACGGACAGACGGAUAGGCGGACGGACUGGGGUGGGGGGCGAGGAGCGGCGGCGGCAGCGGGAGGGCGCUCGGUGGAUGGGCGGCUGGCGGACGGCACCGGCGGCGGCAUCUGUCAGGCGCCGGAAUCUGUCAGGCGCCGGUCGUCAGCCGGGGCGCAGGGGAUGAGCCUGUGAGGGCGGAGGAGCGCGAGUGGGGGUGAAGCCCGGGCGGAGCAGAGCGAUGUCCCAGCCGCAGCAGCAGCAACAGCCGCCGCCGCCGCCGCCGCCGUCUCCUCAGCAGCAGCCGCAGCCGCCGCCUCCGGCCGCCUCCAAGAAGCGGGACCGGCGCAUCUUCUCGGGCACCUGCCCCGACCCCAAAUGCCAGGCGCGGCUCUUCUUCCCGGCCCACGGGCCGCAGAGCAGCGGCAGCAUCGAGUGCACGGACUGCGGGCAGCGCCACGAGCAGCGGCAGCUGCUGGCCGUGGAGGAGGUGACCGACCCCGACCUGGUGCUGCACAACCUGCUGCGAAACGCGCUGCUGGGCGUCAGCGGUGCCGGCCCACCCCGCCGCAACACCGAGCUCGUCAAAGUCAUGGGCCUCUCCAACUACCACUGCAAGCUCCUGGCCCCCAUCCUGGCCCGCUACGGGAUGGAUAAGCAAACUGGCAAAGCCAAGCUCCUCACGGAGAUGAACCAGGGAGACAUCUUUGACUGUUCCCUCUUAGGUGACCGCGCCUUCCUCAUCGAGCCGGAGCACGUUGAAACCAUCGGUUACGGAAAGGACCGCUCUGGCAGCCUCAUCUACCUACACGACACCCUGGAAGACAUCAAGAAAGCCAACAACAGUCAGGAGUGCCUCAUUCCCGUCCAUGUGGAUGGAGAUGGUCACUGCCUGGUCCAUGCGGUCUCGCGGGCACUUGUUGGCAGGGAACUGUUCUGGCACGCUCUGCGAGAGAAUCUAAAGAAGCAUUUUGAGGAGAAUCUGAGUCACUACAAGGCGCUUUUCCAUGACUUUAUUGAUGCAGCAGAGUGGGAGGACAUUAUCAACGAAUGUGACCCUUUGUUUGUUCCUCCAGAAGGCGUGCCAAUGGGCCUUAGGAAUAUUCACAUCUUUGGUCUGGCCAACGUGCUUCACCGGCCUAUCAUCCUGUUAGACUCCUUGAGUGGGAUGCGAAGCUCUGGAGAUUAUUCAGCGACGUUCCUCCCUGGCCUGAUACCCCUAGAAAAAUGCAUGGGGAAAGACGGCAUGUUGAACAAGCCAAUCUGCAUUGCAUGGAGUAGCUCGGGACGUAACCAUUAUAUUCCUCUAGUAGGAAUAAAAGGUGCUGCUUUACCUAAACUGCCUAGGAAGCUACUUCCUAAAGCCUGGGGAGUCCCUCAAGACCUCAUCAAAAAGUACAUCAAGUUAGAGGAGGACGGUGGUUGUGUUAUUGGAGGAGACAGAAGUUUGCAAGAUAAGUACUUGAUGAGGCUCGUUGCUGCAAUGGAGGAGGUUUUCAUGAGUAAACAUGGUAUCCAUCCGAGUCUCGUAGCUGAUGUGCAUCAGUAUUUCUACAGAAGGACUGGUGUAAUAGGAGUCCAGCCUGAAGAAGUCACUGCGGCUGCCAAAAAAGCAGUGGUGGACAACCGCCUUCACAGGUGCCUCAUCUGUGGGGCCCUUUCAGAGCACCAUGUUCCUCCAGAGUGGCUGGCUCCUGGGGGGAAACUGUAUAACCUGGCAAAAAGUACCCACGGCCAGCUAAGGCCUGACAAAAAUUACAGUUUUCCCCUGAACAGUUUGGUGUGUUCUUACAAUCCUGCAAAGGAUGUGCUGGUACCAGACUACAGCCUGAGUAGUUUGACUGCUUGUAACUGGUGUCAUGGUAACUUAGUGCGUCGCGUCAGAGAAGAUGGAUCUGUUUCAUAUUUGGACGGAGACAGAACUAAUACUAGAUCCACAGGCGGCAAAUGUGGCUGUGGAUUCAAGCACUACUGGGAAGGUAAAGAAUAUGACAAUCUCCCUGAAGCUUUUCCUAUUACUCUAGAGUGGGGUGGAAGAGUGGUGAGAGAGACAGUCUACUGGUUCCAGUAUGAAAGUGACACAUCUCUGAACAGCAACGUGUAUGACGUCGCCAUGAAACUUGUUACCAAGCACUUCCCUGGUGAAUUUGGUAGUGAGAUUCUUGUUCAGAAAGUUGUCAACACAAUACUGCAUCAAACAGCCAAAAAGAACCCUGAUGAUUAUACCCCUGUAAACAUCGAUGGUGCUCACGCCCAGAGAGCUGAUGAUGUACAGCAAGGACAAGAGUUAGAGUCACAACUUCCAACCAAAAUUAUUUUGACUGGACAGAAGACAAAAACUUUGCACAAGGAGGAGCUGAAUAUGAGCAAAGCUGAAAGAACUAUUCAGCAGAACAUUGCAGACCAGGCUUCCGUAAUGCAGAAACGGAAAAGUGAAAAAUUGAAACAAGAACAUAAAGGGCAACCUAGGACAGCUUCUCCUGGGGCUGUCCGUGAGGGGCCAUCCUCUGCACCUGCUACACCAACAAAGACCCCGUAUUCUCCAACAUCUACAAAAGAAAAGAAAAUUCGAAUAACCACAAAUGAUGGGAGGCAGUCCAUGCUUACCUUAAAGUGCACGACCACCUUCUUGGAACUACAGGAAAGCAUAGCGAGAGAAUUUAAUAUUCCUCCAUAUUUGCAAUGUAUUCGCUAUGGCUUUCCUCCUAAAGAGCUUCUGCCUCCCAAAGAAGGCAUGGAAAACGAGCCCGUUCCCUUGCAGCAUGGUGACAGAAUUGCAGUAGAAAUCCUGAAAGGUAAGGAGGAAGGCAGGCAGUCUGCUUCAGCUCACUCGGCCCAUGCCGUGAAGCAUGAAGAUGCUGCUGUGACCAGUAAAAUCUCAUCGAAGGAACUGCAAGAGCAAGUUGAUAAGGAGAUGUAUUCUCUCUGUCUUCUAGCAACACUAAUGGGAGAAGAUGUUUGGUCUUAUGCAAAGGGGCUUCCUCAGUUGUUUCAGCAGGGUGGAGUAUUCUACAGCAUAAUGAAGAAAACCACAGGUUUGGCUGAUGGCAAGCACUGUACUUUUCCACAUUUGCCUGGUAAAAACUUUGUGUACAAUGCAGCAGAAGACAGAUUAGAGCUGUGUGUGGAUGCUGCUGGGCACUUUCCUAUUGGUCCUGAUGUUGAAGAGUUGGUUAAAGAGGCCUUAAGUCAAGUGCGAGCAGAAGCUACUUCAAGAAGCAGGGAAGCAAGUCCUUCACACGGAAUGCUGAAGCUGGGUAGUGGUGGAGUAGUGAAAAAGAAAUCUGAACAACUACAUAACAUAACUGCAUUUCAAGGAAAGGGCCAUUCCCUAGGAACUGCAUCUAGUAGUCAACAACAUGAUCAAAGAGCCAGGGAAACACCACUUUUAAGAAAGCAUAGCACAGAAACGGACUUCAGUCCUUCUGCUAAAAUUGAGCCUUCUGUAUUCACAGCUGCUUCUGGUAACAGUGAGCUUAUCCGAAUUGCACCGGGAGUUGUGACAAUGAGAGACAGCAGGCAGCUUGACCCCACUUUGAUUGAGGCACAGAGAAAAAAGUUGCAGGAAAUGGUCUCUUCUAUUCAGGCUUCAAUGGAUAGACAUUUGCGGGAUCAGAAUACAGAGCAGUCAGCAUCAGUUGAUCUAUCUCAAAGAAAAGUAGAGGCAGUGAAUUCAACUGCUAAAACUGGGAGCUUUCAGGCUGGUUUACCCGAAUCGCUUUCUGCACCAGGUGGUACUGAACACUUGAAUACCGAAUCAACUGAUGGUAACAUGGUGAAUUCUGUGGGAACAACAUUCCCUGCAAGGUCUAAAGCACAAAAGGGGAAUUCUGUUGAGGAGCUUGAGGAGAUGGAUAGUCAAGAUGCAGGAAUCACUAAUGCAACUGAGCCAAUGGAUCACUCUUGAUAGGUUAAAAUCUAAUAAGGGUAGAAGAAAUUACUGUUCAAAUGUAAUGUUUAUUGGCUGGGCCACACAAAGUGAUUAGUUAUUAAAUCUUGUAUGUAUGUCAAAGAUUAUAUCAUCUUAUUCAGUGCAUGAUAAGCGUGUGAUUGGCAAUAGCUUUCAAUAUUACCAUACUGCUGCCCAGGCUGGCUCUGUUACCUGUAAAUUAGUUAUUAGGAUAUGCACUGAGAUGAAUAUCUGCUGUAAAUGUGGGUUCUUGAAAAUCCUUUGUAAUUUUUAAUUCCUCACAAGUCUUAAAACUGAAGCCCGUGCAAGGUUCUUACCAUGCUAGUUUAAGGUUACUGGAAAGGCUAGAAGAGGCAAAACUAGAAAUGUGACAAAAUUAAUCCUGCCCCAGGUAUGUAAUUCCACUCAAAAAUACACUAUAAACAUGAAUUAAACCUGAAUUUCAAAAAAAACAACUGAAACUAAACUUUGCUAAGUUUGAUAAUGCAGCAUAUACAGUACUUUAGUUACAUUGUGCUGGCAUGUCCUCUGAUUUAAAAACUUUUUCACUCAUACAGCUGUAUACGCUUGUCAGAAAUCUUGGAAUAAGUGUAACUUUAGUAAACACCCUAAUUUAUGCAUAGUGUCAGUUUAAGCAAGUUAGAAAAAAGGCUACUUAGUGUAUGACAAAGAUAAAGUGAAUGUGGUGUGGUUACGCGUGGCUGUCUGAGCCAACACAACCAUUUUGGUGCUCUGUUAGUAAGUGAUAGCAUGUUUUUAUUUCCUCCCAAAUACCGAGCUGGUCAGAUGUUGUGCAACUUUUAAUACAACUAUAGGAGAGAAGCUGGCAAUUGCAAGAAAUGCCAAAUGUUCAGUGGCAAACCCAUUUAUUUUAAAAGAUUUUGAUUACUAACAUUGGUUAGCGAUGGCAAAAAUUAAAUAGCAGCUGUCCUCUUCAGAGCAAAUUAACAAUUUGUUGGAAGGAAAUGACUCUCUAACAUACAUUAUCCUAAAGCGUUCAGUGAUAAUUGAGCUUUUGGAAGCUCGCUGUUUACACCAUGGAAACAAGGAAUACAUGCUGUUUCAGUGUCUAUAAAGACUACCCACCUCUAUUAGCCUCACUUCAGUUUGUGGUGCAGAGUUCCCUGCAUCUGUGGUAAUGUAGCUGGUAUCCACUUGAGUAGCGUGUUCAUCAGACCUGCAGUGCUAGUUUUUAAGAAGCAGCCAUUGUGCUUGCUCCCUAAGGAUGGAAUGUGUAUCUGAUACUGCACUUUGCUUCCUAUCUUCAUAGUCAUAUUUAAAUGCACUAUUGUUGCUUCCUCUAAUGGUGAAAUAACAUUGAACGGAUGAAAGAUGUUAAUACAGCUUCCAAGGAAUUAAGAGCAUUUACCUAUUGAAGUCUGUGUUUGUGCACAUGUGGGUUUUUACCAGUUCACAAAUGUUUGUAUUGUAUAUGUUUGUAUUCAGAAAACUCUCCUCACUUUUUACAUUUCUAAUCACUUAAACAAUUCUAAGCAUUAGUAUGAUAAAACAUCCCAUGAGGGAGGAUUUAUUUUUGUAUGUAUAAAAUUAACUGAAGGAAGUCACUUAAAGAAUAGCCCCCCCCCCCUUUUUUUUUCCCAAAGUAAAUUAAAAUAAUUCUGUUGGUUAACCUCUUAUGUAGAGGGAGUAAAUCUUUUAUGAUUUAGUACACUACUUACAGGUAAAAUAAAAAUCACCUUUUCACAAAUAAAUGAAAUAUGUUAAGAUCUCAAAUUGCUAACCCCUAGGUUAGCAAUUUGGAAACUUGGAAUGUAUGAAGUAAUUUGGCUCACCAGAACUGACCUUGCUGAUGCACUGAUUAACUGGCAGGGCUUACUCAAUGAGAAACAGGAUGCACAUGCAGCAGCUGGAAGCCUGCCAGGACUUCUGAAAACAUUUAGUCUCCCAUGAAUCAGUCUAGCUGCAUGAAGGCUACUUCUGUAUAGAAAAUGUUGAGUAGAGGCUUGUGCUUUGUCACAGCGUGAGGUUUAGAAAAGAGUAGCAGUGGCAUGUUCCUGGGAGGGAGUUUAAGUCAGGAGAGGCUGAGGGGGAGGAAUCUCCUGGAUCUCUUGCAUUUUAGACAAGGUAACUAUAUCACUUCGACAUUUUUAACCUUUUCUUGGAAAAAGAAGUCUUCCUUGGCUGAAAAAAAAAAAAUAUGGGCAGUGUAUAUGGGAGAAUUUGACGUUUGAAAUUGAAAUAUUAAUUGCACAUCAUUCUUAUUUCAAGGGAAGAUGCUUACUUCUUUCAAGCCUUUUUGGUAAGACUACAGAAGUUUGUGUGCCUUUCACUGUGUAAAGAGGAAGGCUUGGUUUAAUCUUGACAAUUCCCAUUUCAGCAGCAAUUUGACACUUUCCUUCUUACCUAAAUAGAAAUAGACACAGAUUAACAGCUGUUUGAUUCACCCGUAGUGUCAUAUUGGAUCCACUCAAGUCAUGUAGAUCAGAACUCUCCAAUAAAACAAAAUGCUCUCAAACAGGAAUGGUAAAAUGGUGUCAAAAUCACAAGGUCUGCUGAUGUGAAUUCCUCUAGUGUAAAGCAGGAUUGUGCAUAUUUCUUUGCAGUGUUCUUAUUUCACGUAGCUUUCUCAUGCGUUUAAAUAUCAGUGUUUUUGAGAAAGAUGGCUUUUGGUACUCUCAAGCGAAGCUAAACUUCAUCUACAUGCCGGUGAGAUGUGUAACUGUACAGGAGAAGUGAAAUAAAGAACACUGAAGUGUAAGCUUGAACAGCUGUUUCAUUUGAUUGCUAGCAGUGGGUGAGAAUGUAAGUUGAGGCAAAUCAGUGUGCCUGCCUUAGAAGCACCCAUGUGCUUUUAGAUUUCCCUGUUAGAGUCAGGAAAAUGGUGGUGGGGUUCAAGGGCAGGGAAGACGUUGACUCCUGGAUGUGAAGCCGUGGCAGCAGGACUUCUCAAAUGGCAUGAAGAGUGUCUCUUUCUCAAAAAAAACCCUAACUUCUUGCUACUGAAUUGCCUGUGGACAGAGGCUGUGGUUCUAAAUUCUUUUUAAGAAUCUGCCAUGAUUACUUUCUUGUCUAGGGGCCAACCAGCUUCUACACAGUGUCUCAUGGCAAAGAUGACUUAAAUUAUUGGAAAAUCCUAAACUUUACUAUGGCUUAGUCUGUAUAACCUAAAUGAAAGAUGACUACUGAAAAUACAAGCCCAGUAUAUAAAAAAAAAAAAAAAAGGGGGUGGGGUUGGGGGGGUGUUGGAAGAAUGAACUAUAUUGCUGACGAACACAUGGGAAACCUCAGAAGAACAGAUCAGUUUUCCAAGCAAAUGCAAGAUUUGUACUACUACAAAUGGCUGGCUGCUGAGUAAGGUUGACUUGUUGAUACUGCUGUUUCUCUGUGAAUCGUUUGCAUUUCGCUGAGGGAAAAUAAAUAGCUUUUCAAAUGAAAUCAUAUAUUGGGAUGUCUUCACUGUUACAGUCACAAACCAGCAAUUUAUAUUGUUGGGUUUGUGAAUCCCUUAUAGUUUACUAGUCUCCUAAUAAAUGUGAAAUGUGAGCUGGACGUUGCUUCUGACAGAAUGCCCUAGCAGCAUUACAGAGGCACAGUGCCACAAGGCUGUAUGCUAACAACCCUGUACAGCAGGAACACUUUCAAGACUAAAAUGCUUAAUUUACAGUCUUUCAAAAAAUAGAAUCUAUUGUCACUGUCACAGGGUUAACAAGAGUUCCUUGCUACUUUUUCAAUGCACUGAAAGUGCCAGGUAAUAAGAUUCAUAGGAUGCUUAUAAUUGGGAGAGUGGUGCUUGGUCUGAAACGUAUGAAAAAUAAACAAUUUAAGAAGAUGUCACUGUUAUCUCUAUACCUGUCUGGCUCCCAUUUUCAAAUAGCAGAAUCUACAUGCUUUUGUAAAAUAAUAACAUGAAGUUGAUCCUUCUGUUAAAAAAACACAGAACAGUAAGUGGUUUGUUUGUUUUGCUUGUGGAUAUCAGUUUAGCUUCUUAAAAUUGAAGAAGUUGCUUAAGAUAUUUAGAAUGCAGGAUUCCCUCUGAGCCCUUAUGCCUGCGGUUGAGCAAUAAAAGCUUGAAACAAGAGUGGUAUUUUCAGAAUUAUUUUGCAUUAACGAGGAUUAUUGCCAAGAAAUGAAAGAGUGCACUUUUAGGAGGGAAUGCUAUUUAAAAUGUAUAAAUAAGAAUUAAAAUAGUGUAUAUAUUUAGAAAACAAAUCUUUUUAAACAGUAAAUGCUUUACAUGUUGAAUUAAAAAUAAAUUAGCAUAGGAACUAUAUCAUCUUCACAGUACUGGCUGUUAUCCAGCACAGUUUGGUUUGUUUUAUUUGUGAUUGCUGUACUAAUUAUAUUUGAUUUUUUUUUUAUCUGUAAUGUAACAAUAGUGUAUUAUAACAGUAUAUAGUGUACUAUACUACACUUCACUGUACAGUAUUUGGAAUUUUCUUUGAUUGCUAUAUUAAAACUAUAAGUUAAAACACCUGCUUUGGUUUUCUAAGGUGCAACUUUUAUCUAGCCUUUCACACAUUAGCCUGUUUAAUUAACACUGAUUUGGCUAUAAAAUUAAUGAAUUGUAAAUAUAUUGACUUCUGCAUUCUCCAUAUAAACUGCAUUAUACUUGCGUACAUGAAUACUAGUACGGAAGAUGAAAAACUGGUACAAACCUUAGAAAAGUAAACUCUGAUGUCAUCCAUGUUGCUUUAGUUGUUUCUGUUUAAAAGAAACUUUUUUGAAAGAAAAACUCCUUAUGGAAAAGUUUUUUUGAUCUCAUACCUGUUCUGAAUAUUUAAUUAAACACACGGGAUCUUUGAACGUGAGAGAUUUUUAAAACAAGUUUUUAUAUAUUUGAGACCAAUAUAUGAGAUCUGAAUCUUUUUUCAAAGUUGUUACCAAGAAGGUUGUGUAGAAAAACGCUGACCCAAGUCACACAUGACGUUUAAGACAUCUUGCAGUCUGUGGUUUGGAAUAUUGGUCAAAAUGUAUUUCAAAGCAAAACUGUAAUGCAUGCACGUAAUACGCAAGUAUGAAUAGUAUAAUGUGGAAGAAUUAGGCUUUUGAAAAUUUGGCAAUACUCAAAGAUGAACAUGUUGACAACUACUUAAAUCUUCUCUGUGCUUUUUCCACCAGCUACAUGUGGUACUUUGUUUCAAAAAUUGGCUGUAAUCAUAACUUUUGAGCCUAAAAAGGAGUGAUAAAACCAACUGCAAAACUGUG